AUGGCCGAACAGGCCUCCGAGCUGGCACAUUUAGAUUUCGUUGCACAUCUGCUCCAGCGCAUCAAACUGGUGGUUUGGGGCGAAAUUGCAGUGGCUUAUCUUGGCGUCCCAGCAGUGCACAGUAGCUACAUGCUUGGCAUUGACGAUGACCAGAUGGAUCUGGCGGCAAAGAAACUCGCCGGUGCAGGCUUUGAACGUCAGAACUGGCCCUUUAGCUCCAGUAUAGACCCAUCCACUCGCAAGGACGAUGAGAUAUACAACCGCAUUCAUGCGGGCGUCCGGCCUGCCUAUGCGAAGCUCGAUGCAAACUCGAUACGAUUCCAGUAUCCUAAUGAGGAGAAGUGCCAAGUGCGGACCGUUGUUCUUCCCGCGAGUUAUAUUCACUUGAGCAUUCCAGAAGACCCGAUUUCACCGACUAUAUCUAACUCGACGCAUGCCGGCCCAUCACAGCCACCAUUUUAUGCCGACGGUAACCUCUACUUCCCUAAUGUGGUUAUGUUGCUAGAGAGCAUGAUCAAAGUUAUCCUUGAAGAUGACAUCACGUGUAAGCAGAAAGACUGGCAAGGGACUCUGUGUGGUUGGGUUAUUAGCUACUUAUAUGGAGACCUUACGUUGAGGGAUGAUGUGUUGGAUGGCUGCCAAGACGACAGAGUUAAGCAAUGGUUUAACAGGAACGUUAAGAGGGAGACAGGAGGGAUGUCCAGGAUCAGAGAGAAAUGGGCGUUGAGUGGAGUUUCCGAAACCGAUAAUAUAUUCACGAGAAGCGAACAGGUCUUGGCGUAUUCGACGGGGAGGAAGGCAAGCCACAAGAGCUUGGGUGAGAGCCCUGAUACGCUUACCCUGUAUCUUCCGUACGAGCCCACACACUUCCGUUUGAUUCCUACUCCACUCUCACCAACCAUCGCCAUCGUCAUCACCAUCACCACCACCAUUGAUCCCCAGACGGUGGACGAAAAGAACAGCUGUGCUGUGCUACUGUUCAACGUCUUUCGUGUCGUCGUAACCUUACACCGCUUUAUUUCUGAGACGAUAGAGACGCGCGCCUCCGUCUGCUGUGCAGCCUGCCGUGAUGCCCUUCCCCCACCAUGGGGAGGGGUCGUCCUUUGCAGGCCUCUCCUCUCCCUCAGCAUUCCUCAUCAGGCGAGCGAGGAUUGGUUGAUAAGCACCUAUACUGCUGCCGACUGUGCUAUUAGCUGCUUGGUUUGUCGUGUCGUUGAACUCUACAAGGUGUCGGUGCUUCGUGGCAAAGAGUCAAAUUGUUCUGCAACUUAUUUUCGUGACGCGGAUGUCACCUCCAGCUCUACCUCUCGAAAGCAAGCAGAACUCAGCCUGCCUUUGGAGAGCGCGGGGCGGGAGGCUCUCAAUUGGAGAAUACCCCAUCAUGACACCAGCGUGAUCGAUGCAGCUCGCCUUGCUUCCUUGAAGCCCUUUCCAAUCGUUCACGUGCAGUCGCUCAAUCGUAUCUCAGUUCUACAGAGCAAUGUUAACCUUAAGCCCCCAAGGGAAACUUUCGGGCGACGACAGGAUAGGAACUGCUGUCGAUUUGCUAAACAAAUCUCAUCUGGUAGGGGAAAUGGAAGUCGAGCCGCCGGGUUUCGAGUGCGAAAAUGCGAAAACGUGAUAUCCAAGGAAGAGGUUCCCAGUGACGACUCCGAUGCGGCCGCAGCUGGUCGUUGGAUGCUCGCCAACCCGCAGCUCAAUGCAGCAUUUUCUUUGGCCGGUUGA